AUGAGUGAAAUGUUUAGCAGGGUUUUAGAGCAAAAAGGAAAUUUUAACAAUUAUGAUUUUUCACAGGAUGAACCAAAGCCUCAUUCGUGUUUGCAAGAAGUGACAUUAUGUCCAAAAUUGGAGCCAAGCAUUGAAACUACAAGUUACGAAGAGUAUAUAAAUUUAGUGAAAUACAUUAAUGGAGUUUUGCCCAAGGAAUAA